CCAUGAAAUGUGACUUCUCACAUGAUAGGAGCCUGACCGAAGUGUCUGCCCAGCCCCAAAGCUCUGACUACGCUGCUCACAGCGCCUCGCCUGUGGAUCCUUCUGCCUGCUAAAGUAGGGGACACCUGCAGCAGGAUGGCAUCUGGACAUGGCCCGGCAAGAACAGGAGAGAAGCUCUUCAUGAUUGUCACUCCCUUUGCUACACGGUUUUCCUUCAAGGAGGUGAAGGUGGAAGACGAUGAGAGGAGCCCGUUGUUACCACAGACACGCAGACUGGGCAAGCUGCUUUCUUCACCCAACCUCCCUGGCCCCCUGUUCUCUGCCGCUGGAGACCCAGACGCUGGAUUGCCAGAGAAGCACCCAGGAAAAUGGGAUCUUCUACUGCCUCCCAGCCACAGCCUGGAUUUCUGCAGCUAUUGCAUUAAGUACCUGACCUUCCUCUGGAACCUCUUGUUCUCUGUGCUGGGCUUGCUGAUCUUGGCCUUUGGGAUCUGGGGGCUCCUGGCCAAGGAGUCCCUGGUAAGUGAGCGUAUAGCCCAUCUGGGCUCUGACCCCAUGCUCUUCUUUGUCCUGGUGGGUCUGGCCGUCAGCACCGUCUCUCUGGCAGGCUGCGUGGGAGCGCUCUACGAAAACACCUGCCUGCUGAAGUUCUUUACUGGGGGAAUCAUCACUUUUGUCAUCUUGGAGAUUCUAGGUGGGCUCGUCCUGUAUUCUCUGAGACACCAGCUCAAGGGCUCCCUGCAGAACACCAUGCUGGAGGCUGUCCUAAGGUACCAGGAUGACCCAGAUCUGAGAUUCAUCAUGGACGAAAUUCAGAUGGGCUUGCAAUGCUGCGGCGCGGAGUCCUACCAGGAUUGGCAAAUGAACAUAUAUUUUAACUGCAGCUCCCCUGGUGUGCAAGCCUGCGGCGUUCCCGCUUCCUGCUGUCUGCAUCCCCUGGAGAACGGCACCAUCACAAACUCCCAGUGUGGCUUCGGAGCCCUCCGCAUGGAGGAGUUUGAGGCUCAAAGUAUCAUCUCUCUCGGCGGCUGCGUGCCCCAGCUGAGCCGGUGGCUUCGUGGCCACAGGGGGGUGCUGAGCGCCUACUUUGUGUUUCUGAUCCUGGUUGAAGUCGGAGGCUUCUUACUGGCAACCAAGUUACUGGCAGACCUGGCAUUUGUCAGAGCACCAGGGUGGCAGCCAGGGCCUUGGUGACUCACCGCACGUGGCUGGAGGUCAAAGCGGGAUCCUGGGGCGGAGCUUCAAGCUGAUGUGAUUGAAACGGGGGCUCAGAACCGCUCUCCAGCAGGGCACAAUGGACGGGCCGGGCCCGCUGCUGAGCUCGGGUUCUCUGACGCCUUGCCCUGUGGGAAAGGCUGUUUGGUACAAGCUGUGGUGUGAAUCUAAGCCGGGCUGCUUGUCUCAGCGUAACCUCCCCGGUGGACACGCGGAUUCCAGUGUGAAGUGGCGCUAUCAUUCCAGCUGGGGUCACGUGAAAAGGGGUGGAACCAUGCCGAGAAAAGCCCCUCGUGCACUGGCAAGAGGGCCGCUGGGGGGAAAGGGGGUUAGUUCUGGGACUUGUCUGGCACAGGCAGGGAACUCUGCUGGCCCCACUGAGCCUGCUGCAGCGGCUCCCUGGGCUGCGGGAGAUCAGAGCUGAGCCCUUCGUCCCUGGCUGGAGCAGCAGGGCGUGUGCAGGAGAAACAGCCCACCUGCACCGCCCCUGCCUCUGCCUGCUGCUAGGAGACCCUCUCUCAGUCACCGAGGGGGGAACCCCAGGCCUUCAGCUGAGCGCGAGGGUUCCUGUCCCCCCCCACCCCCCGUCUCCAGCCCGUGUGUGCUGCUUCCCAUCUCCCGCUUGCUGUGGGGAGGCCUUACCCUGCCCAGCUGGGGAUGGACAGCUUUGUAGUUACCUGGCAAAUAAAUCUCUACCUGUUCCAUGGUUGUAGAGGAGGGGCGUGACUGGGAAGGGGCCCCUCCGCAGUGAGAUACCAUGCAGGGCAGACAGGGCGAGUGAGCCCCGAGGACUGACAAUCGCUGAGUCCAACGGCUCUGCUGUUAGAAGCCGCUGCCUUGCGGGACUAGGCCGGACGCACCCAGCGGCGGCCAUCUCACUUCCCUUAAGCCCACUCGUGGCCAUGGGAAGUGAAGGGCCAGAUUGCCCUACCCUCAGCAGGGGCGGGGAGGGAGGGGUUAGAAGCCCAAUCCAACGGCCCCCUCCGCUGACUGCACUGGGCCUCAGCUAGGCCUUGCAAUGAGAUGCAGUCUG